UCCCAUUCUCUCUCUCUCCUCUUCUCUUUCUCUCUCUUUUACAUAUACCCUCUUCUUUGCUAGAUUCUUUUCAUCUCUGGAAACCACUUUCAAUCAACCUUCUUCUGGAUAAUUUUUUUUGAAAAAGUCUGAGUAAAAAAGGGUGAAGUUUUAGCAAAUCUUGGAUAUCUCUCCAAUCUGUUGUGUUGGGUCUGAAAAUGGGAUAACUCUUUUGCUACUGGUUGAACAGUAAUUGGGUUGAUAAACAAGUGCACAGAGGUUUUUUGGGUCGUCUUCGUUUUUUGUUUGUCUGUUUCUCUUUACAUUGGAGUUUGGAUUUACAAGGAAAAAAAAAUGGCUCCCGAAAACAACUGGCUGUCAUUCUCGUUGUCUCCACAGUUUCAUCAUCAGUCCACCGUCGAGCUUAAUACUUCCUUCGAUGGCUCUUCCUCUACCGAUUCUCAGCAUUAUUACUUUUCUGAUAACUUCUACGCCAAUGGUUGGGCAAACCAGAAAGUGGAAGUGAUGUAUUCAGAAGCUGAGAAUCACGAGAAUGAAAACGGAGGAGAGUCUUUUAUUUUCCAGGGAUUGAUGGAGUCGCAAAUCCCUGCGGCGGCGGCUGCGCCGCCGCUGCCGCCGAAGCUGGAGGAUUUUCUGGGAGGGGAUACCUUAGUGAGAUAUUCCGAUAGCCAAACGGAGACUCAAGACUCGUCCUUGACUCACCUCUAUGAUCAGGGCGGUUCUGCGGCGGCGUACUUUAAUGAGCACCAGGAUUUCAGGGCCGUUGCUGGGUUUCAGGCCUUUUCAACUAACUCGGGCUCGGAGGUUGAUGACUCGGCCUCCAUGGCCAGAACUCAGGUCAUGGCUGGUGAGUUCACAACGAGUCAGUGCAUUGAGUCGGGACACGAGUUGGCCUACUCUCACUGCCCCACCGGCUCUCUCUCCCUUGCUGUGAAUACCCACAACUCGGAAAAGGCCAUUGUUUCUGCUGAUUCGGAGAGUUCCAAGAAAAUUUCUGAUACAUUUGGGCAAAGAACUUCUAUUUACAGAGGCGUAACUAGACACAGGUGGACAGGAAGAUAUGAAGCGCAUCUAUGGGAUAACAGCUGUAGAAGAGAGGGCCAAGCAAGAAAAGGGCGUCAAGUGUAUUUGGGUGGGUAUGAUAAGGAAGAUAAGGCAGCACGAGCAUAUGAUUUGGCAGCUCUCAAGUACUGGGGACCCACUGCCACCACCAAUUUUCCUGUUACGAAUUAUAGCAAAGAGCUGGAGGAUAUGAAGCAUAUGUCUAAGCAAGAAUUCAUUGCCUCGUUAAGGAGGAAAAGUAGCGGUUUUUCACGAGGAGCUUCUAUUUAUCGUGGUGUGACAAGGCAUCAUCAACAAGGACGUUGGCAAGCAAGAAUUGGUCGUGUAGCUGGGAACAAAGAUCUGUACCUUGGAACGUUUGCUACGGAGGAGGAAGCAGCAGAAGCGUAUGACAUAGCAGCAAUAAAGUUCAGGGGAGUGAACGCAGUGACGAACUUCGAAAUGAGCCGAUACGACGUUGAGGCCAUAAUGAACAGUUCACUCCCGAUAGGUGGGGCAGCAAAGCGCCUAAAGCUUUCCCUCGAAUCCGACCAGAAAACAUCUUCCCAGCACGAGCAAUGCGGGGGCAACAACAAUAGCAGCAGCAGUAACAUCAACUUUGGCUCGAUCCAGCCAGUUUCUGCUAUUCCCUGUGGCAUUCCAUUUGACGCAACAACUCCGUUUUACCAUCACACCCAUCUUUUCCACCCCCUUCAUCCCGCCAAUGUUGGUCCCGAUUCAUCAGGUGCAACAUCGAGCCUCGCAAACGCUAUGGCGCCAUUGCAGCAGCCGCCAUCGUCUGCCGGGUUCUUCAUUUGGCCUCAAUCCUAUUAACAUGACGAGGAAGAUAGCUGCAGGAUCGGAGGAUAGCUAGCUAGACAUAAAUUCCCUGGUAACAUGUUUGUCUAAUUAAUAUUGACAACCUUUAGCUGUUAUUUUUUGCAUUACUUGAAGCAAGCUGACAUCUGACCCACCCCGUUAAGCACUAGCGCAGCACUUAACCAAGGCAGGCUGAUCGAAAACAACGAUGCUAUAAUUAAGAAUUCAAGGAUAUGAUAUGAUAUAUAUAUAUAUAUAAGAAGGCUCUCUUAGAAGAUGGAGUCUUUGUAAUGUACUGUAGUAGAUAUGGAUAACUUUUACAAGUACUGAGGGGAGAUCUCACUGUGGAAAAUUUUUGUAUGUUGCCCCGUUUCCCAUCUUUUGGAGAUGCUCCCCUCAUCGGUUAUAU